AUGUCCACCGUCACUCUAGUUACAACUGCAGAGCCUGCCCACACGACUGCGGCUGAAGAACAGACAGUAAGUGACUCUAUCGAUGCAAUUGACAGAGAGCUUCGCGAAAUUAGUCUCAAGAUUCAUGACAACCCUGAACUCAGGUUUGCCGAAUUCAAGGCCCACGACAACAUCAUAGCCUUCCUUCAAUGUCGCGGAAUAUCCGUCACCCCUCAUGCUUACGGUCUUGAGACUGCCUUCUCAGCCGAGUAUGGAAGCGGUGGCCGGGUCGUCACAUUCUGCUGCGAAUACGACGCACUUCCUCAGAUAGGUCACGGUUGCGGCCACAAUCUCAUCGCGACCUCUGCGAUUGCAGCUUUUCUCGGCGCCGUCAGUGCAAUCGAGCAGUCUGGUGGUGCUGGGCGUGCCCGCCUCCUAGGCACGCCGGCCGAAGAGGGUGGCGGGGGCAAGAUCAAGCUAAUCGACGCUGGCGCAUUUCAAGAUGUCGAUGCGUCGAUUAUGAGCCACCCUUUCCCAGUUGCUCCUGAAACGAAAGAAGUGAGCGGUGUUGCAUACGGGAACUGUCUCGCGGUUCUCGCCUUUCGAGCCACAUUUGAGGGAAGAGCCGCACAUGCUGCUUUCUCGCCAUGGCUGGGAGCAAAUGCACUCGAUGCGGCCACGUUGACGUACAGUGCCGUGAGCAUGCUGCGACAACAGACUCGGCCAACUGAUAUCAUAGGGCUUAUUAUUGAGAACGGAGGAGCGAGUAGUAACGUCAUCUCAGAACGGACAGUUAUGAGUUGUAAUGUAAGGGCGAAGACUCUUAAGGAUUGCGUUGAGCUGUUAGACCGGGUACACAAGUGCCUUGAAGGAGCUGCGCUUGCUACUGGAUGUACCUUGAAGACCGAAACCAUACACGACCCAUACGCCGAUCUACGAUCCAACAAGACGUUGUGCUCUAUCUUCACCGACACCAUGUCAAGGUUCCACAAGACGUAUAAGUGCGAUCUGGAGAACGUGCACGAUGGACCUUACGGCACAGAUAUGGGAAAUGUCUCUUAUGUCUGCCCUUCGUUCCAUGGAACUUUCCACAUUGAAACGCCUCCGGGUGUGGCCUUGCACUCUGCCGAAUUCGCCGCCGCUGCAAGGACACAGCAGAACCAUGAAAUUAUGAUCGAAGUCGCCAAAGGCAUGGCUGUGACAGCUUGGAAGGUUUUGUCCGAUGAUGCCAUCGCUACGCGGAUGAAAGAAGACUUUGAACAAGAUACAUUACUACGAUAG